AUGGCUGCUUCACAGGUGAGCAACGGGAUACAGAACGGAAGUAGUCCGACCGUCGGAAAACUACCGUUUCGGGUGAUCGACGAGACCGGAAAGGACGCGGACGUCCAGGAUGAGGAAGAUUCCGACUGGCUAACAGCCGCUCUGAGUUACCAGUGCGCCAUCACAUGGAAAUGGUUGAGAGAGAAAGCUUGCUACAGGCCCACCCAUCUGCAGGAAGAAUUGGAAAAGCCACCGCAGGCGACUUUACAGAUAAGCAAUUCUAUGCCAGACUUGCAGGAACCUUUAAAGCCGACUUACGUACAGGAAAUUAAAGACAUCGUAGCAAAAAAGGUUUUGCGACAAACAACUCUACCGAUAGUCCCCGACCGCCAUCAAACUUUCCAAAGACAGUUAUCACAUCGAUUGGACAUACCGACGGACGUUAAAUUUAGCAUCUGCAGCUUAGAGAGGAACCACAGCAGUACCGUUGGUCUUAUUAAGCCAGAACUGUACAAAAAAGAAUUGGUCCGGCAGCCCUCGGUCGAUAGCAAUGGCGGCAUCGAAAUGGAAUACUGCGGAAAAUUACACUUCGCCCUAAAAUAUGACAAAGAGCUGGAAGCCCUCGUGGUAAAGGUUUUCGAGGCAAGGGACUUACCGGUAAAAGACAUGAACGGAAGUUGCGAUCCAUAUAUUAAACUGUACCUGUUGCCGGACAGAAAGAAAAAGUUCCAAACAAAGGUCCACAGGAAAAAUCAGAAUCCCGUCUUUAAUGAAACGUUUAUAUUCAGCGUGACUUACGAAGAACUACGAGAUCGAUAUCUGCAAUAUUCCGUCUACGAUUUCGACAGAUUUUCUAGGCACGAUCUUAUAGGCCACGUAGUUUUCAAGGGCCUGUUAGAUAUUGCGGACCUACAGCAAGAGAUCGAAUACACAAUGAAAAUUUUAUGUCCACCGAGGGAUAAAGUAGACCUGGGCGAAUUGAUGAUAUGCCUGUGUUACCUUCCAAAAGCAGGACGUUUGACAAUUACGGUCAUAAAAGGCCAUAAUUUAAAAGCGAUGGAUAUUACCGGAAAAUCUGAUCCCUAUGUAAAAAUAUACCUCAUAUGUCAAGGGAAGCGUAUACGUAAAAAGAAAACAUCCGUUAAAUACAACACCCUAUCGCCAGUUUAUAACGAAGCUCUGGUAUUCGACGUCCCUGAGGAAAACAUUAACGACGUGUCGCUGGUAGUUAAAGUUAUCGAUUACGACAGAAUAGGACUAAAUGAAUUGAUGGGCUGCACGGUGAUAGGACCAAGCUUUAUAGGCAAAGGGCGCGACCACUGGACGGAAAUGUUGGACAAUCCAAGAAAACCGGUGGCACAAUGGUAUCCGUUGAUGGAAUCGGUACCUGCGAACGUACCACCGUUAAAAGACGGCACACUAAUCCUCAGCUGCCUCAACAGCAGGUGAAGUUUUUAAACUGAACUCGAAAUUGAAGAUUUUUUGAAACGCGAUGCUCAAGGCUAGCUUGGAAAUUUAGAAUAUGGGAAAUUAGAAAAACCAACGGACUUUUGAAGAGAUGAAAUAGAAUUCCGUAUAGAGGAAUAUUAUAGAUAUACUGUAGAUUUUGUAACGUGCUAAGCAGAGGAGUUAAAAAAAACACUUUCCAUUGUUACCGGAGGAAUGAUUCAUAUCAACUGAUAUUUUUCUAAUAUUUUUGACUGAAGUUUUUUACGGAAUACGACUAUAACGUUUACUGUAGAGAUUGACUGUUUGUUAAUGUAUAUUGCGUAUUAGUGAAUAUUUAUACAGAGUUUUAUUGGUUAUAUUGUAGCCGUUUUAGACAUUACGCGGGGCGCAGGAUCAA